AUGACAGAGAUCUCCCUUGCGCGUUAUGAUACGGCACCUACCAAAAUUAUUCCAUCUCAACAAUUAUUUUCCGUAGAAUAUCCUGGUUAUGUGAAAAAUAUCGACAAGGUCUUGCAAACUCUUGGUGGACAGAGAGGAUUGAAAAAGGCGGUGAAUGAGGAUCUCAUGGAACUUCGUUUCAGGCCUGGAGAUCCGUUCUGUCAUCCUAUAAAUGGGGACGUUAUUCCAACAUCAAACCUCUUGCUCAAAGUAACUUGGAAACGCAAAAAGCGUAAAACUCACGUCUCCCAGAAAAUCUUGGAUGAUCACACCGAUAAUGGGGAUGUAAAAGAUGUUGAUUUCAAAGUAAUUGGGAUUAUCAGUAAAACAUGCCGUUUUCGAGGAAUGGCCGAUUACCAAUUCGUUCCCAAUCCUAACGAUACUAUACCGAAAUACAGGAAAGCACUCGAGAAUUUUGAUGUUGACACCAUCAUGGAUUUUGAUUCGAUUUCGAGUGAUGGAAAUUUUGAGGAUAAUCUUCCGCCCCCGUCGUUUUCCCGUAUAGAAUGCCCCAUGGAAUACGGAUAUCGCCAGAAUAUGGCGGUUGUUAAGGUUCUGGUACAAAAAGGAGAUGGUCAGCCACCAGCCCUUAAGCUCAUCAACAGAAAGUUCUCACCCAUACCAGAUAUGCCACCACCAGAUGCCGUCAAGCACAAACAUUUAGCUUCUCCUGAAAGUGUUUCCAGAAUACAAAAGGUAACGGUAUCUUUCAUCUUCCCCCUUGUGGAAGGUCUUACCGAUGGUUCGUGUGGACUUUCAGUUAUUUUCAGAAAGACCAAUAUGGACGAGGUUGGCGCUGCUAAAUUACUUGCCAGUAUGCGAUAG